UUCCUGUUCUCCAGGACCAUGGGAAGCACCGAUAACAAGAACUUCACCUUCGUGUCUCGGCUGUGUGAGGACGACCCUCACUACUACUCUUACACAGAGCUGCAGCUCAACUGUGGCCCGGGGAACAGGUACAACAAGGUGCAGGCAGCCUAUGUGGCGUCCCCAGGUAAAGAGCUGGCCCGGGGGAUGACGGAGUCGGGCCAGUAUGGUCAAGUACUCCCCUGGCACAAGGUGCUGUUCAUGGUGGCCAGUCCCUACGAUGACAGCGCUGACUCGGCCCUGUGCAUGUACCCUCUAAAGGCCAUCAACGAGAGGCUGGUGGACCUCAUCAGCGCCUGCUACAGCGACUCGGGCAAGAUCGCCGGCACCCCAGCCGUGGACAUCCCCUACUCCUCCAAGACAGACGAGUUCUGCACCUCCCGCAUUGAUAAAGACACGCUGAACAACUUUAAGUGUGGGGCGGACUUCCUUCCAGCGCCGCUGGCCAGUAAGCCAGAGUUUGCCCUGCAGGCGGAGGUGGUCAUCACCAGGACGGGCAUACUGACCGCUGUGGCCGUCGCCGUGGAGAACGACCACACUAUCGCCUUCCUGGGGAACAGCCUGGGAGAGGUGUACAAG